GUCCAGCGCCUCCGCUCCGAGAGCUCCCGGGCCGACGAGGCCCGGGCGCAGGUGCGCCGCCUCCUGGGCCUGCUGGAGGAGGAGCGGGCGGGGCGCCCACGCGCGGCUGCGGGAAGAGAACGGGCGCUUGCGGGCGAGGAACCUCGAGUUGAUUGCCCUGAUGCACCGGGCGGCGGACGCGGCCGACGACGCCCAGAGCGCG